AUGGAAUAUCUUACUGCUGUCGAUGGUAGGCAAGACCUGCCACCUACACCAGCUUCGUUUUGUAGUCAUGGAGAUAGUCCCCUCAAUAGCUCUUACGAGCAACUCUUCCAUCUCUAUGGUCUGGAUUCGAGUCGCAUCGAAGCUAUCAAACCAUGCACACCUUUCCAGCUUGACAUGAUCGACUGCAAUGCUUUGGAUAAGCAGUCUGCUAUCGGCCAUGCGGUGUAUGAUGUCCCAACCGACAUUGACAUCUCUCGUUUCGCGCUUGCGUGGAAGGAGAUCGUCAACCAAACCCCAGCCUUGCGAGCCUUUGCCUUCACCUCGGACUCUGGAAAGACUUCUCAAGUCAUCCUAAAAGAUAGCUUUGUCUUCUCAUGGAUGUGCUGGUCUUCUUCGAGCUCCCCAGAUGAAGUGGUUCGGGAUGAAGCUGCCGCUGCUGCAUCCGGGCCACGCUGCAACCGCUUCGUUCUACUUGAAGACAUGCAGACGAAGAAAUGUCAGCUGGUUUGGACCUUCAGUCAUGCAUUGGUAGACGUCACUUUCCAACAACGCGUCCUGAGCCGUGUUUUCGCGGCUUACAAGCAUGAGAAGGACACACAUCGGCCUGAGACACCCGAGUCAUCUGAUGCCACUGACACUGACUCUCAGUCAGUCUCCGUGGUGUCCAUGAGCUGCGAGGACAAUGCCGUAUCGGCGACUCAUUUCUGGCAAACUCACCUUAACGAUCUCAAUGCGUCCGUCUUCCCUCACCUGUCUGACCACCUGAUGGUGCCCAACCCAACUACAACAGCAGAGCAUCGUAUCACAUUCCCUCUUUCACAGAAAGCACUAUCCAAUUCUGCCAUCUGCCGUACUGCACUCUCAAUACUCCUCUCGCGCUACACUCACUCUGACGAGGCCUUGUUUGGUGCGGUAACUGAGCAAUCUCUACCAUUUGACAAACACUAUCUUGCAGAUGGUACGUACCAAACAGUUGCACCCCUUCGUGUACACUGCCAAUCAAAUCUUCGUGCAUCAGAUGUCAUGGAUGCAAUCUCUUCUUACGAUGAUCGCCUUGGUCAUCUCGCCCCAUUUGGCCUUCGCGACAUCCGCAACACUGGUGAUAAUGGCUCUGCCGCCUGCGAUUUCCAAACUGUUUUACUCGUCACCGAUGGCAGCCACGUAAACAAUGGUAUCAACGGUUUCCUCCAACAGAUAACAGAGUCAAGCCAUUUCAUGCCUUGCAACAACCGUGCCCUCCUUCUGCACUGUCAGAUGGAAAGUAGCGGAGCUCUGCUGGUUGCCUACUAUGACCACAAUGUUAUCGAUUCGCUUCAGACAACGCGUCUGCUACAGCAGUUUGGUCAUCUGAUCAAGUGUUUGCAAAGUCCUCUAGACCUGAGCUCUAUGGCUGAGGUCAACUUGAUGACUGAGUAUGACAGAGCAGAGAUUGAGAGUUGGAACUCGCAACCGUUAGAGGUACAGGAUACCCUGAUCCACCAUGAGAUGUUGAAAGCUGUUUCUCAUUCCCCCACCAAAACGGCCAUCCAAGCGUGGGAUGGAGACUGGACCUAUUCCGAGCUCGACAAUGUUUCGUCAAGACUCGCUGUCCAUAUCAAGUCACUUGGCCUUAGAGCUCAGCAAGCCAUUAUUCCAGUCUACUUUGAGAAGUCGAAAUGGGUCAUUGCUUCAAUGCUGGCUGUUCUCAAGUCUGGUAAUGCUUUCACUCUAAUUGAUCCCAAUGAUCCACCAGCUCGAACUGCCCAGGUCGUCACGCAGACUCGGGCGACUGUAGCGCUUACUUCCAAGCUACACCGCGAGACUGUACAGAAGCUUGUAGGCCGUUGCGUUGUGGUUGAUGACGAGCUUCUGCAAUCAGUUUCUGCCAGCGACGAUUUCUCAAGUCUGACCAAAUCGCAAGACUUGGCCUACGUGAUCUUCACUUCUGGUAGCACGGGCGACCCGAAAGGCAUCAUGAUUGAACACCGAGCGUUCUCAUCAUGUGCACUCAAGUUCGGCGCGUCUCUUGGCAUCAACUCUGAUACUCGUGCCCUACAAUUUGGAACCCAUGCCUUUGGCGCAUGUCUUCUCGAGAUUAUGACUACUCUCAUCAACGGUGGCUGCGUUUGUAUUCCCUCCGACGAUGAUCGUAUGAACAGUAUCCCGUCCUUCAUCAACCGAUACAACGUUAAUUGGAUGAUGGCGACACCUUCGUACAUGGGAACCUUUUCACCUGAAGACGUUCCUGGCCUUGCGACAUUGGUACUUGUUGGGGAGCAGAUGUCAUCUUCAGUCAACGCAAUCUGGGCCCCCAAGCUCCAACUCUUGAACGGGUACGGACAGAGUGAAAGUUCCUCAAUUUGUUUUGCCUCCAAUAUGUCAACUGAGCCCAACAACAUGGGCAGAGCAGUCGGAGCUCAUUCAUGGGUCAUUGACCCGAACGAUAUAAACCGACUAGUUCCGAUUGGAGCUGUGGGAGAACUGGUCAUUGAGAGUCCAGGCAUUGCCCGCGACUACAUUGUUCCCCCCCCUCCGGAGAAGUCCCCAUUCUUCACAGACAUUCCAAGCUGGUAUCCAGCGAACACGUUUCCUGAUGGGGCAAAACUCUACAGGACAGGAGAUCUUGCAAGAUAUGCCUCCGAUGGGUCCAUCGUUUGCCUUGGGCGCAUAGACUCGCAGGUCAAGAUCCGGGGACAGCGUGUUGAGCUGGGUGCCAUUGAGACCCAUCUCCGACAGCAGAUGCCAGACGACUUGACUAUUGUGGUAGAAGCUACCAAGCGAUCCCAAUCUGCCAACAGCACAUCCUUAAUUGCAUUCCUAAUAGGGUCUUCUUACUUCGGAAAUAGACCCUCGGAUGCCCACAUUCUGGACCAUGAUGCUACCAAAGCUAUCAACAUAAAGCUGGAGCAGGUAUUGCCUCGACACUCUAUCCCCUCAUUCUACAUCUGCAUGCUGGAGCUUCCACGUACUGCCACCGGGAAGAUAGAUAGGAGGCGACUACGAAUCAUGGGCAAAGACAUCUUGGACAAGCAGACCCAAGGGGCCAUUGUUCAACAAGCACCCGCUCCUAUCCCUGUUUUCGCAGACACAGCAGCAAAGCUCCACAGUAUCUGGGUACAGAGUUUGGGUAUCGAUCCAGCCACGGUCAAUGUUGGGGCAACUUUCUUCGAACUCGGAGGAAACUCUAUCACUGCUAUCAAGAUGGUGAACAUGGCGAGGUCCGUUGGUAUGGACCUCAAGGUCUCUAACAUCUACCAGCACCCGACGCUUGCGGGAAUUUCCGCGGUCGUCAAGGGUGAUCCUCUGUCCUACACUCUCAUCCCCAAGUCAACUCAUGAGGGACCUGUUGAGCAGUCUUAUUCACAAGGCCGACUAUGGUUCCUGGAUCAGUUGGACGUUGGCAGUCUGUGGUAUCUGAUUCCAUAUGCUGUGAGAAUGCGCGGGCCUGUCAAUGUCGACGCGUUACGUCGGGCUCUUGCAGCGCUUGAACAGCGACACGAGACUCUUAGAACGACAUUUGAAGACCAGGAUGGUGUCGGUGUACAAAUUGUUCACGAGAAGCUUUCUGAGGAGAUGAAGGUCAUUGAUCUCUGUGGUUCAGACCUUGACCCGUUUGAGGUGUUGAACCAAGAACAGACUACUCCCUUCAAUCUCUCAUCUGAAGCUGGCUGGAGAGCGACGCUCUUACGACUUGGUGAAGAUGACCACAUCCUCACUAUUGUCAUGCAUCACAUCAUCUCAGAUGGUUGGUCAAUUGAUGUCUUGCGACGCGAUCUCAAUCAGCUCUACUCAGCUGCGCUCAAGGACUCAAAAGACCCGCUGUCAGCACUCACUCCUCUACCUAUCCAGUACAGCGACUUUGCAAAAUGGCAGAAGGACCAAUUCAUAGAGCAGGAGAAGCAACUCAACUACUGGAAGAAGCAACUCAAAGACUCUUCCCCAGCAAAGAUCCCGACCGACUUUGCCCGCCCUGCACUUCUGUCUGGAGACGCAGGUUGCGUACAUGUUACCAUCGACGGCGAGCUCUACCAGUCCCUUCGAGCCUUCUGCAACGAACACAACACGACCUCUUUCGUCGUUCUUCUAGCUGCGUUCCGUGCCGCUCAUUAUCGUCUCACAGCUGUUGAAGACGCUGUCAUUGGUACACCAAUUGCGAAUCGCAACCGACCUGAACUGGAGGAUAUCAUCGGCUGCUUUGUCAAUACGCAGUGUAUGCGAAUCAACAUAGAUCAUCACGAUACCUUUGGGACUUUGAUCAACCAAGUCAAGGCUACGACGACAGCAGCAUUCGAGAACGAGGAUAUUCCGUUUGAGCGCGUUGUAUCAGCACUACAGCCUGGAUCCAGAGAUCUGUCAAGCACACCUCUCGCACAACUCAUUUUUGCAGUGCACUCACAGAAGGACCUUGGAAGAUUCAAGUUCCAGGGUCUCGAGUCCGUACCUGUGCCUAGCAAAGCGUACACUCGAUUUGACAUGGAGUUCCAUCUGUUUCAAGAAACCGACAGCCUUAAAGGUAGCGUCAACUUUGCCGAUGAGCUGUUCAAAAUGGAGACUGUUGAAAAUGUCGUCAGAGUAUUCUUUGAGAUUCUGAGAAACGGGCUUCAAAGUUCGCGGACACCAGUCUCAAUACUUCCUUUGACUGAUGGCAUUGUGACUCUUGAAAAAUUGGAUGUUCUCAACGUCAAACAUGUCGACUAUCCCCGAGAAUCGAGCUUGGCUGAUGUCUUCCAGACCCAAGUCUCUGCUUACCCCGAUAGUCUGGCUGUGGUGGACUCCUCGUGCCGAUUGACCUACACCGAGUUGGAUCGCCAGUCUGAUAUUCUCGCUGGAUGGCUUCGUCGACGGUCAAUGCCUGCAGAGACGCUUGUCGCAGUAUUUGCCCCACGGUCAUGUGAGACAAUUGUCGCGUUCUUUGGUGUGUUGAAGGCGAACUUGGCCUAUCUUCCUCUCGAUGUACGAUCGCCCUCGGCGAGAGUUCAGGAUAUACUUUCUGGACUUUCUGGGCCUACCAUUGUUUUGAUUGGCCAUGAUACAGCGCCUCCCGAUAUCGAGGUUACUAACGUCGAGUUUGUUCGUAUCCGGGAUGCGCUGAAUGACAGCAAUGCAGAUGGCUUUGAAGUCAUCGAGCACGACAGCACAAAGCCCUCAGCCACGAGUCUCGCAUACGUGCUGUAUACCUCAGGAUCCACUGGCCGACCAAAAGGCGUCAUGAUUGAGCACCGUGUCAUUAUUCGAACAGUCACAAGUGGCUGUAUACCCAACUAUCCUUCGGAAACGAGGAUGGCUCACAUGGCGACCAUUGCGUUUGACGGCGCAUCGUACGAGAUCUACAGCGCCCUUUUGUUCGGAAGGACACUUGUUUGCGUUGACUACAUGACAACCCUCGACGCUAGAGCACUCAAGGAUGUGUUUUUCCGAGAGCAUGUCAACGCGGCAGUCAUGUCACCAGCUCUUCUCAAGAUGUACCUCUCCGAGUCCCGAGAGGCUCUCGAGAACCUUGAUGUUCUUCUUCUUGGUGGUGACAGAUUCGACGGCCCAGAUGCUCUCGAUGCGCAGGGACUUAUCAAGGGUCAGUGUUACAAUGGUUACGGCCCAACAGAGAAUGGAGUCAUGAGUACAAUCUAUCCCAUUGACUCGACUGAGUCGUUCAUCAAUGGAGUCCCAAUUGGACGAGCUCUGAACAACUCAGGAGCGUAUGUCGUGGAUCCUGAGCAACAGCUUGUUGGCAUUGGUGUGAUGGGAGAGCUUGUUGUCACUGGCGAUGGUCUUGCGCGGGGCUACAGUGACAAAGCCCUUGACGAGAACCGUUUUGUGCACAUUACUGUCAAUGACCAGACAGUGAAGGCGUAUCGCACUGGCGAUCGAGUGCGGUACAGGAUUGGAGAUGGCCUCAUCGAGUUCUUCGGACGUAUGGACACCCAGUUCAAGAUUCGUGGCAAUCGUAUCGAAUCAGCUGAGAUUGAAGCGGCCCUUCUGCGCGACUCCUCCGUCCGAGAUGCUGCUGUCGUCCUUCAGCAGAAUGAGGAUCAAGCGCCUGAGAUCUUGGGGUUUGUUGUUGCUGAUCAUGAUCAUUCUGAGAAUGACAAGGGACAAUCUGCCAAUCAAGUCGAAGGAUGGCAAGACCAUUUCGAGAGUGGCAUGUAUUCCGACAUUGGCGAAAUUGACCCGUCGACGAUUGGUAGCGACUUCAAGGGUUGGACAUCAAUGUAUGAUGGAAGUCAAAUCGACUUCGAUGAGAUGCACGAGUGGCUUGGUGAGACUACCCGGACACUCCAUGACAAUCGCUCUCUAGGCAAUGUCCUUGAAAUUGGAACAGGUAGCGGCAUGAUCCUCUUCAACCUUGACAGCAGGCUUGAGAGUUACGUUGGUCUUGAACCAUCCAGAUCAGCAGCUGCAUUUGUCAACAAAGCUACCGAGUCUAUACCAUCGCUUGCUGGAAAAGCCAAGGUUCAGGUUGGAACAGCUACAGAUAUUGGUCAAGUCGAUGACUUACACCCUGACCUCGUGGUUCUCAACUCAGUCAUUCAGUAUUUCCCGUCUUCGGAGUACCUUGCAGAAAUCGCAGACACCUUGAUUCAUCUGCCUAACGUGCAGCGGAUUUUCUUUGGCGAUGUCCGAUCGCAGGCCACCAACGAGCACUUCCUUGCUGCCAGGGCUAUCCACACACUGGGGAAGAAUGCAACGAAGGACGAUGUUCGACAGAAAAUGGCAGAAUUGGAGGACAUGGAGGAGGAGUUGCUUGUUGAACCUGCUUUCUUCACCUCGUUGAAAGACAGGUUUCCAGGUCUGGUGGAACAUGUUGAGAUCCUGCCAAAGAACAUGGAAGCUGUGAAUGAGCUCAGUGCGUAUCGAUAUGCCGCUGUUGUGCACGUUCGGGGUUCACUUGGAGAUGAGCUUGUGCUUCCGGUUGAGAAAGAUGACUGGAUCGACUUUCAAGCGAAUCAAUUGAACCAGAAGUCACUGGGUGACCUUCUCAAGUCUUCAGAUGCUGCUAUCAUGGCAGUCAGCAAAAUUCCUUUCGAAAUCACGGCCUUUGAAAGACAGGUCGUCGCUUCCCUCAAUAGCAACAUCGAUGAGUGGCAGCUAUCAACCAUUCGGUCCAGCGCCGAGGGCGACUCAUCACUAUCCGUUCCCGACAUCUUUCGCAUUGCUGGGGAAGCCGGGUUCCGUGUCGAGGUCAGUUCUGCACGACAGUGGUCUCAGAAUGGUGCAUUGGACGCUGUUUUCCAUCAUUGUUGCUCCCAAGGGCGUACUCUGGUCAACUUUCCUACGGACCAUCACCUUCGAGGGUCUGAUCUCCUCACCAAUCGACCCCUUCAGCGACUGCAAAACCGUCGUAUCGCCAUCGAAGUCCGCGAGAGGCUUCGGUCCUUACUUCCAUCGUACAUGAUCCCAUCGAACAUCGUUGUUCUGGACAAGAUGCCUCUCAACGCCAAUGGUAAAGUUGACCGGAAGGAACUCUCUCGCAGGGCAAAGGUUGUACCGAAGCAGCAGACAGCAGCGCCGUUACCGACAUUUCCCAUCAGUGAGGUCGAAGUCAUUCUUUGCGAAGAAGCCACUGAGGUGUUUGGCAUGAAGGUUGACAUUACCGAUCACUUCUUCAAUCUCGGUGGACACUCUCUCUUGGCCACGAAGCUCAUUUCUCGUAUCGACCAACGACUCAAGGUCCGUAUCACUGUCAAGGAUGUCUUUGACCAUCCUGUAUUUGCGGAUCUAGCAUCUGUCAUCCGUCAAGGGCUGGGUUUGCAACAACCCGUUUCUGAUGGUCAGGGACAAGACAGAUCUGCCCACAUGGCACCCCGUACCGAGACUGAAGCUAUACUCUGUGAUGAGUUUGCAAAGGUUCUGGGGUUCCAAGUCGGGAUUACAGACAAUUUCUUUGAUCUUGGUGGUCAUUCACUCAUGGCUACUAAACUCGCUGUGCGCAUCGGACAUCGACUUGACACGACUGUUUCGGUGAAGGAUGUUUUCGAUCAUCCUGUACUCUUCCAACUUGCAAUUGCAUUGGAUAACUUGGUUCAAUCCAAGACCAAUGAGAUAGUUGGAGGUAGAGAAAUGGCUGAAUACUCACCUUUCCAACUCCUCUUUACAGAAGACCCAGAGGAGUUUAUGGCGAGCGAGAUCAAGCCACAACUUGAGUUACAGGAAAUCAUUCAAGACAUAUAUCCGUCUACCCAGAUGCAGAAGGCUUUCCUCUUCGAUCACACAACUGCGCGCCCGAGACCUUUCGUGCCGUUCUACAUCGACUUCCCCAGCACUUCCGAGCCUGAUGCUGCAGGUCUAAUCAAGGCUUGCGAGUCUCUGGUAAAUCAUCUUGACAUCUUCAGAACAGUCUUUGCAGAGGCAUCUGGAGAACUAUACCAAGUGGUCUUGUCCUGUCUUGAUCUGCCAAUCCAAGUGAUUGAGACAGAAGACAACAUCAAUACGGCGACAAAUGAGUUUCUCGAUGAGUUUGCGAAAGAGCCAGUUCGUCUGGGACAUCCGUUGAUUCGUUUUACAAUCAUCAAACAAACCAAGUCGAUGCGUGUGAUAAUGAGAAUAUCGCAUGCCCUGUAUGAUGGUCUGAGUCUAGAGCAUGUCGUGCGCAAACUUCACAUGCUCUACAACGGGAGAUCACUUUUGCCACCACACCAAUUCUCGCGGUACAUGCAGUAUACUGCUGACGGUCGCGAAAGUGGACAUGGAUUUUGGCGCGAUGUGAUUCAAAAUACGCCCAUGACAAUAUUGAGUGAUGACACGGUUGUUGAUGGAAAUGAUGCAACCUGCAAGGCGUUGCACCUAUCAAAGAUUGUCAAUAUUCCUUCACAGGUACUUCGAGGCAGCAGUAACAUCAUUACUCAAGCUACUGUGUUUAACGCAGCCUGCGCGUUAGUCUUGUCACGGGAAUCUGACUCGAAAGACGUUGUCUUUGGACGCAUCGUCUCUGGUCGUCAAGGCUUGCCUGUUGAAUACCAGGACAUUGUCGGGCCUUGUACCAACGCAGUUCCUGUUCGCGCUCAUAUAGAGUCGUCAGAUUACAACCAAUUGCUGCACGACAUCCAAGACCAGUACCUUCUCAGCUUGCCACACGAAACAAUUGGCUUCUCAGAUCUCAAGCGCAACUGUACAGAUUGGCCAGAAGCAAUCACCAACUUCUCAUGCUGCAUCACAUACCACAAUUUCGAGUACCAUCCCGAGAGUCAGUUCGAACAGCAGAGAGUUGAGAUGGGUGUAUUGACAAAGUUUGUCAACAUUGAGAUGGAUGAGCCACUAUAUGAUUUGGCGAUUGCGGGUGAAGUUGAACCAGACGGAGCAGGACUGAAGGUUACUGUUAUCGCGAAGACGCAGUUAUUUGGUAGGAAGAGAGUAGAACAUCUGUUGGAGGAAGUUUCCAAAACGUUUGAGGGUCUCAACUCUUCUUUGUAA